AUGUCAAAUACUGUUGACGAAAACAACAGUAGGAGCUCAAGACAAGGCUCUGACGAUGAUCAAAAUAUUGACACUCUUCUUGAUUCUUUUCCUUUCGGGAUGGAGCAAUUUGAAGAUUUUUACUCUUCUAAUGAAGAAACAAUUGAUGUUGUUCACACACAUACAGUUAGCCCAUCAGGAGAAUAUAAAUUCUUUGUUAAAAUGAAUAAAGAGUCAUACAAAGAUUCAAAAUGGAUAGAUUAUCCUACUUCCGGGGUAAAUAAAACUACAGUUGACAAAUAUCUGAAAUUACAUCAAUAUACUCCACCCGCAGCGCCAUACUACAAUCCUGAUUUCAAUAUCCCAGUAAAGAUAAUAGGAGUUGAAAAUGACAAAUACCAUGUAAUGUGGAAAAAUUUACCUAUUGCUGAUGCUACAUGGGAAACCCGUGAUUCCCUUAAAAAUGAUAAACUGAUUAAUGAUUAUCUCAGGCAAGAUGCUGUUCAAUCCAAAAAUACCACCUCCAUUGCAAACAGCCCGUACGCACAAUCAGAUAUGAUGAAUCAUGGCGAAACAGAUCUGUUUCAGAUCGAAAGAAUGAACAGAUUAAGGGAUGGAAUAGCGCGGAUACUACAAGACAACAGCAGCGUAAUUUAUAUUACUAAUUCACCACAAGAAUCACGCGCUCCUUUCAUUAAUUUCAUUGGAACUACGGCAAGACCUCAACCAGGCUACGGCAGGUACUUAAUUGUUACUACAAUCGAUUACGUAUCACUAUGGGAGCAAUUCAUCCCGGAUCUUCAUAUCGAUUACAUCAAAUUUGUAGGUACAGAACAAGAAUUAGUUCAAAUCCAAAAAUCCAUACUUCGGAAUCCAAAUAUGCCUAAUCUUAAAUACCAAAUCAUACUUACUACGUUCGAUACUAACAUUUUUUGCUUAUCAUUCAAAUGGAACUUGGUUAUUCUUGAUGACAGCUCGCCAAGUAUCAGACCCAACAUCGCCAAUGUCGUACAAGACAAAGCAAUUCAAUCACAAUGCAAAAUUUUCAUUGUAAACGGUCAAUUCGAUGAUUAUCACCGAAAAAUGUACUCAGAAUUCCUUACUGACCCUAUGCAUACGGAUAAUAUUACAAUUAAAUCAGAAGCGAUCAAUAAAAUGUACGAUAAUCCAUUCACAGAAUAUCUUAUCGAAUGUAACAUGGAAUACGAGCAAUAUUACUACUAUUUCGACUCAUUCUUACAGAACAAAGACAAUAUAAAGUCAAUAAAGAAGUCAAACGAGAAUACAAUCUUUAAUAAUCUUUCAACAACUUUACACAACGUUUGCAACCAUCCUGCAAUCACUUAUGAUACAGAAACAAUCAUUACAAGAUACAUGAAGAAUAAUAACAUAAGUUUACGUACAAAAGAUGUAGAUUUAAACGCUUUAAUUUCAUCUUCCGCCAAAUUAAAAAUUACAGACAAAAUUGUUGAUUUCGUAAAGAACACUUGUCAAUUUCCAGUCGUAAUCAUCGUGUUUUACCCUCAACUUCGAGAUUUUCUCCUUAAAUUUUUCAUAAAUAAGGGAUUAAGCGCGAUUUCCAUAGAGAAAGACAAGCCAUUAGAUACAGUAGUACAGCCACAAAUUAUUAUUGUCUUAAAGAUAGCUGUUGUCCGCAGAAAUGAACUAAUUUCGAAUCUGAAAAAUUUAUUACGCUCAAACCACUUUAUUUUAUACGAUACAUUGUCACAAAGGGAUCCACAAACGAUGGAUGACAUCAAACUGAUCAACGACAUCAGAAUUCCCGAUCCUACAAACGAAGUUUCGAUUUACAGACUAAUUACUAAGUAUUCGAUCGAAGCAUUGACAUAUGGAUCGAAUCCCAAAAGCCAGAACACCUUAUACAAGCUUUGCGCAGCAAUAGCUGUUGAUACUUUCACUCGAAAUUUCAAUAAUCAAAAUUCAAUUGAAGAAAUCUUGAUGCAUUCUGAAAUUCAUCGAGGAUCAUUGAAUGCUGGUACAUCUCCGAUGUUCAUGAUCAACAAAUCUCUGCUUAAUUUUGAUGAUCCAAAUAUUUCUACAGAUUAUUUCUGGGAAACGAUACUUACUAAGAUAGAAAACAUAUACAACAAGUCACAAGAGAUCAUCCAACAGCAGCAGCAACAACAACUCCUUCAAGAACAGCAAAUGCAGCAAAUGUCGGCAAUUCCGCCUCCUCCUCCACAGCAAAUGAUUCCAAUGAACGUAGAAAACUUCUCUGGAGCUAAGAAGAAGCGUAAAAACAAAAAUUUGAGUAAUAAUCAGAUGGUUCCUUCGUUAUUAAUGAUGAAGAACGGCCAAUACCCACAGCAAUCGAUGUUUAUGAACGGCCAGUACCAGUACGCGCCACAACAAAUGCAGAUGUUCGCGUAUCAGAUGCAACAUUUGAGUAAAUUGAGGCAGCAACAGAUGAAACAGCUCCAACGGCAGCAGAAGAUGCAGCAGAACAGCGACCAGUACAGUCAGCAGUACAAUAAACAGCCAUCUUUCCCUCAAAAUCCCCAAAUUCCUCAAAAUUUCCCUCAAAAUCAGAAUUUCAAUGGAAAUGUGGCCACUUCACCUUUCCCAUCUCAACCGACCAAUAAUAAUGUGGUCACUUCGCCUUACACUCAACAAAAUACUCAGAAUAGCCAACAACAACAAAAUAAUGUCACUUCACCUUCUUUACAACAACCGCAACCGUCAAAUUCGAGUCUUCCGACACAAACAAAUUAUUCCAGGCCCAUUACACCAAUAGAUGAUUUGACAGCUGUGUGCAGAGUUACGAUGAAAUGGAUGAAGCUGAGUACUGGCUACGAUACCUCCAAAACGCCAAUAAUAAACGAAUUUAUUGAGGGCGAAUCUCCAUACGAAGAAAAGUUCUCUGAUGAAUUUAAGUCAAAAAGUGCCAAAUUACGUCUAAAACGAAUCAAAUUCAUAGAAUUGAACGGAAGACUGCUGAAAACAGCUGACAAAGACGAGGACAUCGCCAUUCCAAACCUGCCACCAAAAUACGGAGACAACUGGACGCCAGAGAAAGACAGGUUACUCAUGAAAUUGACUUACGAAAAAGGUUUAGGUGAAGUGACUUCUUCUGACUUAGAUAUGGAUGAUUCUGUCAAUCCGACAGAGAGAUUCAACGCUAUAAUGACUGCUAUAGAUAAAGUAGCUUCAAAACUUGACAAAAUAACAAAUGAAACCGUCAAAACCGCUUUGGAAAAGAAAGGGCGGAAAACAGCAUUGAAAUCAUAUUCAGACAGUUUCAGUUUGGAAGAGCACAAAGAACUAAUAAAAUUAAUUGACAGAAACGGUUUUGUAAAUCCGGAUUUAGUUCUUUCCAAGACGAAUUCCAAGCACACGAGAGAAGAAGUAAUGAAGUACUGCGAACAAAUAAUUGACUACUGUUUCAAAUUUGUUGACGGUUCUGACACAGAGUCACUUUUUAUGUCAGAUAAAAUCAAUGACAAAACCGCACGAAGAAUAUAUAAUUCCAUUACUUUGAUGAUUGAUUUGAAAGAAGUUCUCGACCAGAACGCACUAAUAAACCAGACACAAAGAGAAAUAGUCCAAACAGUUUUGGAGUUGGGUUACGAAGAUGCUGCAAAAAGUGACAUUGUAAACAACAAUUUACCAGGUGUUACAAAAGUGAGACCUUUGCAAAAAGAGCUUAAAAAGAUAUUGCAUUUCACAAAGGUAAUAAAUAAAACUGCUCUUAAAAGAACAUCUUCGAAUCAAAUAUCAAAUAAUAAUAGUAAUUUAAGUGAAGAAAAAACCGAAGAAAAUUCAGAUGAAGUCACUUUUCCGAUUAUUUUGAAUUCAACAUUAAGAGUUAUUAGUUUAGGUACUGUAGAUUAUACUCGAGAGAAUUACCACACACAGAGAUAUAUUUAUUGUAUUGGUUUUGUUUCUGAAAGACUCUACGCGAGUAUCGAAAAUCCAAACGAAAAAGCGUGGUACAGAUCAUUGAUUUUAGACGGGGGAGAGAUGCCGUUGUUCAGGGUCGAAUUGAAAGAUAAUCCAGAGUAUUUCUGGGAAGGUCCUAAGCCUACGAGUCCUUGGAGUGCUGCUAUCAAAGACAUCGAGAGAAAGAGAUCAAUUCUCGGUUUCAAAUCUCAUUCUGUGAGUGUUUCUGGACCAGAAAGUUUCGGCUUUGCUGCACCAAAGAUUAUCUCUUUAAUUUCGAAACUUCCCAACGCAGACAAGUGCAAGAAGUUCAAUAGAGAAACACCGUCAACAACAGGAAUGACGAGUGAAACUGAAGAAUCACAUUUGUCGAAGAAAAUCAGACAAAUUAAACAAGAAAAAGAAUCUGAUUUACCAAUUUUGUUGCAGAGUUCUGACCAAAAUGAAGAGAAGAAGAUGAGUAAAUUCAUUGAUGAUGCGUCUAGCUCUGACAUUCCAAGGGAACAAAGUGAUUCACCUGAAUCAGAAUCAGCCGUAGAAACAGAAAAUGAAGAUUUGCCUGUGAUUGAAGAAUACAAGUCAGAUAAACUUGUUUUCAAUUUCAGAAGACUUCUGCAGAUCAGACAACAAAGUGAGAUACACAUUGUUUUACCAAGAACUGAUAAUGUUUUGGAAAUUAUUAGAUCUAUUUAA